CCUCUACCAGCCAAUUAUGUCUAACAUGCCCCAGCUAACACAGAGGUCGCCGUGAUGCCGCCGCCAAAUGGACUUUACCCAAGUCACCCAACCGUUAAUGCAGCGAUAAACCAGGUCGAUAACGAGUCACCGGAAUAUUUGACGAAAGCACUGGGGACUGCACUGUUGAGCUACUAUUUUCCGCUCGAUGAUGGUUUCCUUAUCGCUCCUGAGCAGAGCCGAGGGGAUAAUCGGCCCGACCUUCUUGUGUUGAAAUUGAUAAGACAGACAGGUGGAUUUCGAGACCAUGCUUUUGUCGAAUGUAAAAAAUCUACCGACCCCUGGCUGGCUUCGAUGGAACAAUUGUCGAAUGCAGCGGCUGAUCAUAUUAAUGCGUCACCCUUUGAUCGCUGCUUCGCUAUCCUUAUAUUGGGAUAUGAAAUUAAGUUCUUUGAGUAUCAUGCCUGUGAGUGGAGAGGAUCCGUGCCAGAUAAUCACAACCACUUGGUGCCACUAGCUCCACCAGGCUACGACAGAUGGAAAGCUUGGAAUCUUAAAGAUGAUGAUCACGUUGGUAUCAUUGAUGGUAUGUUUCGGUACAUUGCAGCCAGCGAUAUGCCACCGGAACGUUGAGUCGUGGGGAACGGUUUCUGGUAUAGGGGCUGGAUAGCAGAUCAGAUAUAGAAUCACACAAGACAGAAAUCGUGCUAUCAAAUGGAAAAAUCCCUGUGCUGUUCUCCGCG